AUGGGGAACGCGAUGCGCUUGCCGACGCACACGGCGAAUUCGAACAGAAGACAGAUCGCGCAACACUUCGCGCCGGCCAUUCCGGGGGCGUACGAGCCGCCGGACGACGCGGCGCAUCGAGGACGGGUGGACGCGAGUGAGGCGGUCGUGGCGCGAGAGCGACGGAGAGUGUUUCUUCGACGGUCGUCGGAUGACGUGUGGUUAGCGGAAGAGGAGGAGGGGUCGAGGAGCGGCAAAGGCGGCGGCGAACUCCACGUGAGCGAGGAGCAUCAGGAGUGCGGCGUGUGCUUCGAGCCGCUGUGUAAGGAGCGAACGGCGGUGUUCGUGGACGCCGAGGGGAAGAGGGUGUGUUCGCACUUCUUGCACGAUCGGUGCGCGCGGAGUACGAUCGAAUACGUGGGGCGGUGGUGCCCGCUGUGUCGCGCGGAGUGCGCGGAGUCUCGAGGGGUGCCCUUCACCACGGAAGACGCGGACGAGUGGUUCAGACUGUGCGAUGUUCAGGGCGAGGGGACGAUGAACAAGGAGCAAGUCAUAUCGGUGAUCCGUGCGCAGGUUCCCGUGGACUGGAAGCGAAUCGCAAAGGAUUUGGAUUCGUUGUGGUCCAAGUUUGAUCCCGAGGACACGGGCGUGUUGCGAAAAGAUGACGUGAUCGGAGAACAGGGUCUGCUCAAGAUGGUGAGCGCAAAGUAUCCAGCGAGACUUCGAGAAUACAAGUCGAUACCCCACGUUACCGAUAAAUCGCGUUGGUUCACUUUUUGGGACGAAGACCUGUCCGGGAUGUUGGAGAAAGACGAAGUCGUCCGCGCGCUCAUCAAAUCGUUCGGUCUCAAACAAGACGUCGAACACAUACAGGCUCUACGAAGCGUCGUGGAGAAUAUUUGGUACGGAUUGGGGGACGCCAUCGUGGCCGCGUUCGCAAUCGACAAACGGGAGGAGUUCGAGGCAAUUCGAGCUAGAAAUAAGCGAAAGGGGAAGAAAUAG